AGUCAGCGUGGGAGAGUGAUAUCACUUCCGUGCAGGACCGGGCGAUCCCCGGCGGCUACCACAGGAUUGGAGCGACCGUAGGAUAAAGAAAGCUGCCUUGUCACAGGCACGGCGACCGGCGAUUGGAAGUCCGAGAAGGCGUGGAAGCCGGAAACAAUGGGAGAAGGGCAGAGAUGAGGCGGGAAUGGGGGUGGUGGAGGCACUGGGACUCGUCGAGGGUGGAUCGGAUGCUCACUUCCUCAGCGACACCCGGGCUGCAAUGGGAAUAGCAGGGGCUGGAAAUGGGCGGAUGGCUGGCAAUACGCUGCUGCCGGGCGAUCCGGCAAGGGAAGCGACGGAUGAAAUAAUAACAAUAAUCAUGCCAAUGCCAACUGCCACGGUGAUCAGCCCAGUUACUAUUCUUAUGUCCCGGUUGGUGUUGGUGUUGUUGUUGUUGGUGGUGGUGAGAAUCGACCAGCAAUGCCUCAAUCAACCGACCAGGAAGGGAGGAAUCAGGCGAAUACGAGGCAGUCGAGCAGUGAGCCGGACAGCAGCAGCAAGUAGCAACAACCAAAGUUCCAUGGAUCGCCGGAGCGAUGCCGGUGGGGUGGAUGGAUUAAUCAUCGCAGCGCCUCGGUCUGAUUGCGUGCAGAUACGCCGGACCGUGGACGGGGCGACGAUGCUUGCGGGUUGAUUUGAGAUGAUUCAGACGCUGGUGGAAAGUGG